GCACAUGAAAGACAGCGUAUAAAAUUAUACUAAAUCAUUUUCACGGUGCCUUUUGUGUUCACAGCUUGCCUAUAAUGAUUUGAAACUACAUAAAAAGGGCAAACUGGAGUUAAAUUAACUUAUCUUCACUUUUUGAUGAAUGAAUUAAUCUUAAGAAAAUGGAAAUGUUAAAUUGAGAUGACAAGGCUAAUUGGAGCAGCUUGCUAUUGUGAGAAGGUGAGCUAACACGGAACCGUCAGCCGUGUUGCCUGACAGGUGAGAAACCAGUCUCGUUCUUUUAGUCAGUGUAGGUGUGAAAACUGCUUGGUGUAAAUUAAUAAGAGGUCUGUUUCGCUCCAGUGUGGAUCCAUGGUUCUCUCUCUCUCCCCUGUGCGUGAGCGUGCGCCGUAAUUGUGAUCGGCGCGCGGGAGACGAUGAUGAGAGCGUGACCUCACCGCUCUCUGCACAGCUGCUGGAGAGAGGGGGGAGACAUACGGAGAACCAAGCGAGAAACAGAAACACGUUGAGGGAGAUACAGAGAGGUCCAAAACAGCGGGGAACAGUUACAACACAGAGGUAAUUGCUUCGCACAAGGGGGCACACCGUCGUUGGGGCUUCUGUGGGCUCCUUCUCGCCCGGUUCGCCUCCCAGAAUGUUCUGUGUCCCUCGUGUGUUUCCACGAUACAAGAAAAAGUCAUCGCGGCGUCUCCACGGACACUGAAGCCCAGAUGCUCACCCUCUCCGCCGACAUGGACGACUCUUCGUCGCUGUUGGAUCUGCUGGAGUGCUCGGUGUGCCUGGAGCGCCUGGACACCACGGCCAAGGUGCUGCCGUGCCAGCACACCUUCUGUCGCCGCUGCCUGGAGAACAUUGUGAGCUCCCGGAACGAGCUCCGCUGCCCAGAGUGCCGCAUCCUCGUGGACUGCGGGGUGGACGACCUGCCGGCCAACAUCCUUCUGGUUCGCCUCCUGGAUGGUAUCAAGCAGCGGCCGCAGCGAGGGAGCGGAGGAGGAGGUGUAGGAGCAGGCGGCAGGCAGUCCCUAGCUGGGGGUUCUCUGCAGGGGUACGCAGCAGGGAUAUCCGCUUCCCUACCGGGCACAGCAACCAGAGAGCUACCCGUGGCCACCAGGAGCUCCCCGGUUAAGAAUAUCCCAGCACUGCCUUGCGGUAAAGCACUCUACUCCUACGAGGGCAAGGAACCAGGUGAUCUUCAGUUUUCUAAGGGUGACAUCAUCAUCCUUCGACGGAAGGUGGAUGACAACUGGUACCAUGGGGAGCUCAAUGGUUGCCAUGGUUUCUUGCCAGCUAGUUAUAUCCAGCUGCUGCGCCCCCUGAGUCAAACUCCACCCCAAGGCAAAGCAUUGUACGACUUUGAGGUCAAAGACAAAGACCAGGAUAAAGACUGUCUUGCCUUCAGCAAGGAUGAGGUGCUGACAGUAAUCAGGCGAGUAGAUGAGAACUGGGCAGAAGGCAUGCUGGGAGACAAGAUUGGCAUCUUCCCUAUCCUCUAUGUGGAGUUAAAUGAAACUGCAAAGCAGUUGAUGGAGAUCGACAAGCCUAUGCCAGCUAAUGCACCAGGUCCGAGCUCUGAGCCAGCCCCAUUGGGCCCCUGCAGUCCCGGACCCUCCCCCAGCGCUUCCCCGUCUAAUGGAAACAGCUCUGGCCAUCGGAGAGGUGAAGGAAAGAAAAAUGCCAAGAAACGGCAUUCAUUUUCUGCCCUGUCUGUCAGCCAAAGGGCUGCCCAUCUCAACAACAGACACAGCAUGGAGAUCUCCCACCCGGUCCUCAUCAGCUCCUCUGACCCCAGAGCUGCUGCACGCAUCCAGGAUGCAUCCCCACCGGCUCUCUCUCCCUCCUUGGCAGGGGUGCCGCUGCCGCCCAAAGUGGCAUCUCUAACCUCUGAGCUGCUGGCCCAUGCCAAGGUGCAGCUGCCACUCAACAUAUAUUUGGCUCUGUACGCCUAUAAGCCCCAGAAGGCUGACGAGCUGGAGCUGAGAAAAGGGGAGAUGUACCGGGUUACAGAGAAAUGUCAGGAUGGAUGGUUCAAAGGGACCUCACUGAGAACCGCCGCCUCUGGUGUCUUCCCAGGAAACUAUGUCACCCCUGUGUCCAGGGCUCCAUUUGGAGUUGGUGCUUCUCGGGGUUUGUCCAGUCCAGUUGGUGGAGGAGGAAGUGGGUGCAGUCAGGUGGCGGGUAAAAUCUCCAACCCUUCAUCCCCAGGAUCCCCUGGUCCCUCUUUGUCCCGUCCCUCUACCCCGCUUGUGACCUCAGCAAACUCGAACAGCAUCAGCCCCGCCUCCUCGCCACAGACUGCUGCCGCCCAGCUGAAAAACUGCCUGCGCUCCAGCCAGCAUACAGUUAACCAGGCACGCACCUCAAUGCAGUUGGUCCACAGUCCUCCUGCUGGAAGCCCUGAGCGCCCCACUGUGGUAAUCUCCCCCCUGCGUCCUCAAAGCUCCUCCCCGUCGCGUUGCUCUGGUCAGUCAGGCCGUCCUCUCUCCAUGGUGUCUCCAGGAUCCAGUUUAGGGCCCUCCCCCCUCUCCUCCCCAGCGUCCCGUCCAAUCCUCCCCCUUUCCUCUCCUCUCUCCUGCCUCACGCCCCCAAAUGUGUCAGCAGCGCUCCUCAAUGGCGAGCCAGGAAGCCCACUGCAGCCGCCGUUGCCAGGCCCCUCCCAUGUCACCACCCAGGGCGCCCUCGCACCCAAAGCAGAGAAGAGGUUUGUGGGUGUGUAUACAGCCUUACGUGUGCAUAUGAUCUGCCAGCAGACGUCCUCUAUCUCAAAGGAGAGGAAAGCAGCAGGUUUGUUAAAGCUUUUAUCGGGUGCAGCAGCCAAGAAGAAACCUCGCUCUCCCCCUUCAUCUCCACCCACCCAUGACCCUUCACUGGCUGGCCAAGGUGCCAUCGCCACGGACCCUGCCCACCAUCCUCACCACCAUCACCACCACGCCCGGUCAGGUUCCUGUCCAAUGGCAUCACAGGGACGAGCUGGCUCCUGUCCAAUUGAGAGUGACAUGGCAGGAGCAAUAGGGCUGGAGCCUUUGCACAGGAAGUCAGGAUCCCUGGAUACCAAUUUCCCUAAGUCACCCCCGGCAACACGCUCUGGAAAUGCUCUGAUGGUUCUUCGGCCUGAGCCCAAACCCUUGUCGAGAGAGAGGUAUCGUGUCCUGGUCCCCUACCCACCUCAGAGUGAGGCAGAGAUUGAGCUGCGGGAAGGAGACGUGGUUUUUGUUCAUAAGAAGAGAGAAGAUGGUUGGUACAAAGGCACCCUGCAGAGGACGGGACAGACUGGGCUGUUUCCUGGCAGCUUCGUUGAGAGCUUCUGAACUGCAAAAAGUGGACGAAAGAAGUCGUCCCUGUUUCUGACUUAAAAACCACACAAGCGCACAUACAAGCUAGAUGAGCACAUGCGGUAUGCAGACAGCAGUUGGGCUGAAAUUGAUUUCCCAGAUUUUUGCUGGAUUAAAGAUCAAUCAAAUAAAAUACAAGUCGAAAUCUGCCUUAAAAGAUGCUGACAUUUACACAAAAGAAAAAAAAACUUCUCUGAAUUCCGGUGAAUAAUUUCAUUUUUGUGUUUUAAUGUUGAAGCAACACUAAAGUUUUACAUCUAAUUAUAUUUGAUGAAGCCACAAAACAUCUUUUCCGGCAACAGUCUUCAGAAAUCCAUGUUUGUCCAACUAAUUUAUACACGUACACAAACUAAAUAGGAAAGCUAAUCUAAGCCUCAACCAGCCCAGCCACAGAAAGCAGGAUAGGUUUUACCUAUCACUCAUGUUGCAAACAACUGAUAUUGACUACUGAAGGCACAGACUUCACAGAAAGAUCAGCUCUGCCUCCUAGUUCUCCUCAGCAUCAUCCACCAGCAAACACUAGCACAAAAAGCAUUAGCUCUGCUUUUCCACUGAGACCUCAGAACUUGAAUCCGGGUGCUUUCUUUGUAUGAGAAGUGAAAUUUUACAGCCAGGUGAUGAGGGAAGUAAGUGAGCCUGCACUCCAGGACCACUGUAAGCACAUCUACGUGUCAAAUUUGUGGCAAUGAGCACAUGUUUCUUUUCAACCCAGUAUAUGUUAAACAAUGCAUGUAGCAUUAUUACUUUCUCUUUGUUUUGUUUUCUAUGUUGUAUUAGGUGUAUGUGUUGUCCUGCUGUGAUGACCUGUCACAAGGAGCUUAAUUUAAAAGCAAUGGUGCAACAAGCUAAGUCUAAAUUAGGUCCUUCAUUUUUCUAUUUAUGUCUUUAGAUAAAUGUCUACAACUUUUAACUUAUGUUGAAUUUGACUUUCAUAGAUCCCCAAAGCCGGAUUAAACUGAAGGCUUGUUGAAUGUAAGAAGAAAAGAGGAAAUAGAAAGUCACCAAAAUAUAUUUACUGAAUUUAUUUGUAUUUAUAAAGAUUUUGAACUUUGGUAUGAGAUUUGAAACAAAAGAAAUGCACUUGGUAAUAUUGUUACAACCUGCCUCUAUAUUUACAUAUACAAUAUUUUAAAAAUGCAUUUACAAAGGGAUUUUCCCUACUGCUUGUUUAAGCCCUCUUAACAUGAUUUUUCUGUAAGACACAAGCUAGCAAGACAAAAUGACUAAAUCUUUAUCUAGCCUUCCUGCAUAAUUACAAUAAUUGUGAUAUCAAACUACUCUCCUAAUCAGUGUGCAUCAUUGCCUAUAAAACCUUAAAAUAUCACGUAAGCAAAUGCUUUGAGGCUAAUGACAUGAAGAUUUCUUAAAGCAACAGGACAAGAUUUAUUACCAGAAAUUGAAUUAUUUAUUUCAUAAAGGUUUUUAACCGGAAUUAAUGUUUCUAAACCUUAUCAUGACAAAUUGCCAACGGUUUUGUCUGACUGUGCCAACAAGCAUACACAUCCAGUACUCUUGACCAAAUGUACAAUCAACAGUGCACAGGGAUACCUGCAAGUCAAAGAGCAGGAAACAAAUGUUCCAUCUUACAACUGCCAGCCAGCAGAUUUCUGAGUUUACUUCCUGUCACAACAACCUUUUUUGUUUAUUUGUUUGCUUGUGAAAACAGAAGCACAGCAACAGUUAGAGCCUGACACACAAGCAAGGCCCAGGAACACAAAUGUCUUAUUGAUACAAACAUGAUUGUAAGUGUUAUUGGUUAAGCAGUGUUAAGGCUCAUUGGCUAACUGGACAGGUGCCAUAUAAGGGAGAUGGCAGAAAAACAGCUCUAGUUUUCUUUUAAAUAUGAAUGUUUUUUUUUUUUUUUUCUUUGUUUUUUUUUGCAUUUCAUCAUCAUAAACAUUUCAAAAUUGACCAAACUCACUAAGAUCAAAACUGGAAACUUCUUGCUGCAAAUAGACUUAGUUCAGAAUUAACCACCAAUUAUUAGAUUGUCCAGCAGGAUCCUCAAAGAUUUGUAGAAAGUAAGCACAAGAUGGGAUAAAGAGCACAGAUUAUGUAUCGGACUUGAAAGUGGAAUAUUCUAUAAAAUCCCAUUUCCCUAGAUUAGCUUUGUUCACCAUGUAUAUGUAUAUGUAUUUUUUAGCAAAGGAGAAAAGAAGAGGUGGUCUGUUAUUUUAAAAACCAAGCAAGAUCAGAUUAUUCAUUAAGAUGAUCUUUUAGAUCUGUGAAGUGGAGGGGACCCGCUUCAUGGUACUGAAGUUGUCAUCAGUCCACUGAAGCAACAGUUUUCAGUUUAGUACCAUGUGGACACAGACGCUUUGAUUUUAACAUAUUAAAAUGCUUGAUCUGUUUCCUCCAUUUAUAUCCAUUUAUUUACAUUAUUUUUAAAGCCAUAACAGUUGUAUAAGUUUCAGUGGCCGUUUUGAUUCAGUCAAGCUAAAAGUGGAACUAUUGUCAUUGAAAAAAAAAGGGAAAGUUAGUGGCAAAUUUUGGAUAUUAGUCAUUGGAAACUUUAGUCUAAACAAAUCCCUAUUUUCCUCUAAAACUUUUCUGUCAAACCUUAGUGCCUACAAAUGUCAACACACACAACUACACACUCAUGCUAUUUGUUUUUGACAUGGCAGUGGCCUCUUUGCCACUUCCACUGUGUUAUGUCAGUACGACGAGCCUGCUGGAUGAUUGUCAUUGAACUUGACCCGAUCCCAGAUCAGCUCCGAACAAAAAUCCUGUGCAAAGUUCUUGUUUUUCUCAAACCUAAGCACAGUUCCUGGUUUGUGUUUCAUUUCCAUGAGGUCGAUGCUCUGAGGAGAAAGAGUUUACAACAGUCAAAACGUCAGGAAUAAAACCACUAUACAGUGGUCACUUUAGAUGAAACAACUUGAAGUUCCAGUUUUUCAGAUGUGUUUUUUUUUUUAUCUAUAUAAAGUGACAUAAGCCAGUCAUUCACCUCAGCUUCCUGGUUGUAAAAUACACGGUGACAGCUCGACGAAUGUAAUCAAACUCUUCGGAGCAGUGGUAAUCCUACUGGGCAUGAGCACAACUACACAUCUGUACAAUGCUCAAUUUCCAAUUGGACUUUAAUGGAAUUACCCAGGUCGCCUACUAAUUCAGAGUGAUUAGUGGCACUCGUAUUAGCACACUUGGUCCUUUUCUGGCACCACUCAACAAGGUUGCCGGUUCAGUUCUUGCCCCAAAUUGCUUCAAAUCUGAUGGCUUUUAGCCUUUUUGAGGCCAAACCACUUCUGCUACCUGGGCGCUGUUAACCCUCCUGCCAGGAAGCCUGAGCUCUCACUCUGCCAUUUUUAAUUAAAUGUCAGCCAUAUUUGUUCUUAUGAAUAUUUGUGUGUGUGCGUGUGUAUGUGUGUGUGCGUGAGAGAAAGAGAUUAUGAAAGAAGACCUCUGUAUGUAGCUCUUUACACACAAAAAGGACAUUUAUUGAUACUCAUGCCUCACUAGGACUGGGUUGAGUUGGAGACAGUUGGUACAGUGAGUGAAACUGAAUAAAAGAAUAUUAUAUAUAAAUAUAAUUCUAUAUUGUGCAGAAUAUUUAUAGGCCUUUUGUGCCAUUGAAGUCAUGCUCUGUGCUGGUCACGUCCAGCGCUCUCUACCAUGUGAUCAUUAUACAUCGUCUUGUACUGAUGACCCGUGGUUGAUAUGAUUGUUUUUUCAUGUCAAGUGCAUUUUUCGCAAUAAACGCCUUUGUUUUAAAAUAA